ACUGCAGUUUUUCAUAUUUCCGAACCGACCAAAAGGAAAAUCAAUAAAUAGAAAGAGACCUUUCCAUUAGAAUUUGCAGUGUUUUUAUUCAGUGAAGGGGCGACAGAACAUAUCCGUAUUAUAUUACACCGAAUAAAUCACGUCAAAUUGUCAAUAGCAAUGGCUAGUGAUCCCUGGUUGAUACAACCACAUGAACAUGCGAAGUUCGCGGAGCACUUUAGAAACCUUGGACCUGUCAACGGACACUUAACAGGGGAGCAAGCCAAGAGAUUCAUGCUUCAGUCUCAACUUCCUCCACCUAUACUGGGUCAGAUCUGGACACUAGCCGAUACCAACGCGGAUGGGAAGCUGGAUCUUAGAGAGUUCUCCAUAGCUUGCAAAAUUAUUAAUUUGAAACUACACGGUAUCGAGAUACCUAAGGUUCUACCACCGUCACUUCUUGCCUCGCUGAGCCCUGCCGCGCCGCAAAAACAAUACACCCCCCCAGCGAAACCCCCUAUCCCCCCAAUGCCAAAUGUUGCCCAAACUCAGCCUCUAAUCAGUGGUUUAUCCCAACAGCCUAUAACCACAUCUCUGCUCGGUGAUUUCAAUGCACCAUCCCAACCUUUAGUGAACACACAACCUUUAAUUCCACCAGCGAAACCCAUGCCGCCAUCAUCGGUGCCAGAUCUGAUCUCCGGCGUGAAACCUUUACCGCAGACCCAACCUUUGAUAGACCAAUCUUUGAUAGGCGCAAACAAACCUCUCAUUGGUACUCAACCUUUAUCAUCCCAGCCUUUAAUGGGGUCUCAACCUUUAAUCGCGAGUGGUGGGCCUCUAAUUGGUGCCCAACCGCUUAUGACGUCUCAACCGCUGAUACCGGGACCUUUGAUUGCCCCGUCGCAACCUCUAGUGGGUCCCACACCUUUGGUUCCUUCUUCCCAACCGCAGCCGUUAAUAGUUGCCGCUCAGCCGGGAAACACUCAGUCUUUGAUCGGAAACACUCAAUCUUUAAUUGGAAGUGCUCAGCCUCUUAUUGGAAGUGCUCAGCCUCUGAUUGGAAGUGCUCAGCCUCUGAUUGGAAGUGCUCAGCCUUUGAUUGGCGGUACAACAGUCGGUUCGCUGAUUAGUAGUCCACCGAAGCCAGUGGCUACAGUAGCAGGUUCGAUUCCCAGUCAACCUGUGACAUCUACGCCUAUUACAGCUGUUAAGAAUGAAGUUUUAUCGAAACCAGGAUCAGUUGUGACCAGUCCCACUGAUCUGCCGAUGGGCGUUGUGAGUCCUCCGCCCAUGGAGUGGGGGAUACCGCAACCGCAGAAGUUGAAGUACACUCAGCUGUUCAAUGCCACGGACCGCGCCAAGACGGGCUCCGUAUCUGGAGCGGCCGCGCGCUCCAUCAUGCUGCAGUCGCGGCUGCCGCAGGCGGCGCUCGCGCAGAUCUGGGCGCUGGCGGACCUGGACGCCGACGGGAAACUAGGCUGCGAAGAGUUCGUCUUAGCUAUGUACUUAUGCGAGAAAGCCACUCAAGGAGAGCCUGUACCUGCUAAGUUACCACCAGAACUGAUACCUCCAACGUUCCGACGCGAAUCGGUUUCAUCUACCGGCAGUAGUAAAUCUUACGAGGAGCGCCGUAAAGAGAACUUGGCUCGUGGUCAGGCCGAACUGGAGAGACGUAGGUCGCAACUAGCCGACCAACAUAUGAAGGAGAAGGCGGAAAGGGAACGCAAAGAGAGGGAGGAAGCGGAAAAGAGAGAAAAGAUACGCCUAGAGGCGCAGAAGAAAGAGCAAGAGGAAAUAAUGCGGAAGCAAAAAGAAGAACAGGAGAAACGUGAAGCGGCUAGGAAAGAGAUGGAGAGGCAAUGCCAGUUGGAAUGGGAGAAGAAGAGAUCUGACCGUGACAUGAGUAUGUCUGAGAUGCAACAACUCAAGGCAAGAGUUAAGGAACUCAACGCCAAGCAAAUAGCUCUCAACAAAGAGAAAGCAGAACUGGAUGCUAAAGCAAAAGCGUCAGAGGGCGCCGGUGAAGAUGGCAAACUUAAUAUGAUGGAAGUCACACUGAAACAACUUCGGGACAAGGUAUAUAAUAUAUAUUUAUUCCUUGUCCAAGAAUUUUUAGAAAAAUGCGUUAAUCAGAUCGGGAUGGGAGGUUAUCACAACUCUUAUCAUCAUCAUCAUCAGCCCUUUUACGUCCCCACUGAAGAGGCUUAGGCCUUCCUUAUGGUUGGUUAAGGAGGAUGGGCCAUGACCCUCCACGAUGGCCCAAUGCGGAUUGGCGGGUAUUAACGACUGCAAAUGCAGCCGGGACCGACGGCUUAACGUGCUUUCCGAAGCACGGAGUAGGGAGAGACAAUUUUUUUCGGUCACCCAUCCCGUGACCGGCCCUUGCGAAAGUUGCUUAACGACAACGAUCGAGGGCCACGGCGCUUAUCCACUAUGCCACCGAGCUACUUCUCUUAUAGCGAUGUUUAAACCGAGUAUUAACUUAUGCCCUCGUUUUAUAAGGUAGAUACAGUGUCGAAUUCUAAAUUAGAUUUUAAAUUACAGAGCGGUCUUAUUGUAAUCGUUUUUGGUUACAUCAUUUUUAUUUAUUUACUAGCUUUGCCCGCGACUUCGUCCGCGUGGAAAGUAGUCUAAGUUACCCCUUUUUCUAUAUAUAAUCAAAUUGAAAUAUGUGUUUGUAAUAUUAAAAUAAGCGCUUUAUACUCAACACAUAUGUAUAUACACGGUAUAUAUACAAAAAUGUAUUUUGCUGUCUGUUUGUUCCGGCUAAUCACUGAAACGGCUGGACCUAUUGUGACGUGAUUUUCAUUGGUAGAUAGCAUAAAUAAGGAGUGACUUCGGCUACUUUCCACACGAACGUAGCCGGUUAUUUCUUAUAUAUAUAACAAAUUAAUAAAAAUUAGAUUGGAAUAAAAAAAAUAUAAUGAUAUCGGUGAAAGUAUCAUUAAUUGUAGUGGCCCGCAAUCGUUGUUGUUAAGCAACUUUCGCAAGGGUCUGUCACAGGAUGGGUGACCGAAAAAUUAUUAUCUCGAGCUACUCCGUGUUUCGGAAGGCACGUUAAGCCGUUGGUCCCGGCUGCAUCAGCAGUUGUUAAUACCCUCCAAUCCGCAUUGGUUCCGCAUGGAGUGUCACGGUCAAUCCUCCUUAACCAUUUAUAAGGAAGGCCUCAGCCCUUGCAGUGGGGACGUAGAAGGGUUGCUGAUAAUGAUGAUGAAUAAUUUUAAAAGAAAUGGGAGUGGGCCGAUACGGUAUUUUUGUUUCGAGGUGGAAGCGGCCAAGGCUAUAGUGGAGAGCAAGAAAACGGACCUCGAGUCCAACAACGCCCAGCUGUCCGAGCUGACGGCGCGCGUGGCCGAGCUCAGCGGCAAGUGCGAGCAGGUGUGGCGCCUCUACGAGACGCGGCGGGACGAGUACGCGCGCACCAGGACCACCGCGCCCGCCGACCCGUACGCCGCGCAAGAUGCCGAUUGGGGCACAUCGAACGAUGCAUGGGGCGAUUCGGGAACUCAGGAGGAAGCGUGGGGGGACGCCCCCACCACAACUGCGACAGAGCCUGUCCCCGCCGCUGCGUCUACGCCACGUUGGCGGUGCGUCUACGAGUUUACAGCGCGGACUGUAGACGAAUUAAGCCUCCAACCCGGUGAUCUGGUUAGCGACGCGGUAGCGCCGAGGGGUGAUGCCGAACCUGGUUGGAGAUGGGGUACCGCUAGAGAGGUCGUAGAACCUUUGGAAACUAAGACACAGCUAGAAGGUAAGUUUAUUGGUAAAAAAUGUGGUAAAACGGGCAUAUUCCCAUGCAACUACGUGACGGUAGACGCGACCUGUGCGGCGACCAUCAGCAGUAUACCCGAAGCUGCCGAACCGGAGCCUGAACCUGAACCGCCUCAGCCGCCCCAACCCGUCGACAUUGACAACGUACAGGUAUCAUACACACACAAACAUUCUUUGUCCAAUCACGUCUUAACUAUGGAAUAAUUCUUUGGGGAAAUAGUCCACAUACCCUGGAAAUCUUAAUCUUGCAAAAAAAAUGCAUAAGAAUAAUUACAAAUAUAAACCAAAUGGAGUCUUGUAAACCUUAUUUUAAAAGUCUGAAAAUUCUUAUUCUGCCUAACUUAUAUAUUUUUGAAGCUUGUAAAUUUGUCAAAAAGCAUAUGGAUUUAUACUCCCCGGUAAAAUUAUUAAGACGUAACUAUAGAUACCAUAAUAAACUAAAGGUCCCUUCAACAAAAAUGAAAUUGUACUCAGUAGCCCCCCAUUCCAUGUUUAUAAAAAUUUACAAUAAAAUACCAAAUUACAUUAAAGAACUCGAAAAAACGAAAGCUUUUAAAAAUCACUUAAAAAAAAUCUUAUAAACAAGGGCUAUUAUAGUGCCGCGGAAUUCUUUGAGGAUGGGUACGUUUCGUGAAAUGAAUAAAAGGAGAUAACAGGCUAGUUCCAAGUCCUACCUAA